AUGUCCGGGCAAACAAGUGAGCCGAAGGUUUACACAGAGGAUGAUUUCAAAGAAGUUGCAGUAUCAUCAUCGACUGAAGACUUUACGGAGCUUGAGCGUGCCAAACUCAUCAAUAUUUGCGGCGUGGACAAGGAUGGCCGCCCUGUAAUUGUCGUCGCCGCUUGUCGUUUUCCGAACAAUAACACAAAAGAGCAUCAGCAGUUGCUCAGAUUUAUCAAAGCAAAAUUAGAUAUUUACGUGGAAAAUGACUACUCUGUAAUCUACUUCCACCACGGCUAUCACAAAGCGAACAAGCCCUCAUUUGCUUGGCUCAAAUCUGCCUAUCAAGAGUUCGACAGAAAAUACAAGAAAAACAUCAAACGACUCAUCGUUGUCCACCCAACAAGCUGGAUGAAAAUGAUCUGGACAAUGAUGAAGCCCUUUAUUUCCGCGAAGUUUGGGCGAAAACUCCUCUAUGUAAAUCAUCUCGCAGAGCUCAAAGAGUUCAUUUGGCUAAAUCAAAUUCCGAUUCCAGUUGAAGUUCAAAACUUCGACGAGUCAAAGCUGAAAUCUCAAGGGCUAGAGACGAUAAAUGACGGAACUACAAUCGCCCCAGAGUCCCAGUUUUCCGUUGAGCUAGACGUACUGAUUCAAAAGCAAGGAGACCUGCCGAUUGUCCCGAAAGAAAUUAUCGAAUUCUUGCUCAAAGACGACAAUAUCAAGAUCGAGGGAAUUUUCAGAAGAUCCGCUUCAAACUUGGCGAUAAGAGAUAGCAAGACAAUAUACGACCAAGGAAAGACAGUUGAAUUCAAUGAGCCAAUCCUUCCCUCUGCGUUAUUAAAACUAUGGUUUCGUUCACUGCCGCGCUCGAUUAUACCUUCUCACUGUCUGAGAGAAAUGGAAAAUGUUGUCAAAGCCUCUCCAGAAAACAAAAUAGAACUCAUCAAAGAAACAAUCAUUUCUCGGAUCGAUGAAUCACACGUGCCUCUUCUGAAAUUCUUGAUGAACUUCCUUGCAAAAGUAGCGGAGGAAGAAAAUUCGAAUAAAAUGGGAAGUCCGCAACUAGCGAUUGUUUUCGGGCCUUGCCUCUGCUGGAAUAACUCGCCGUCCGGAGGAAUUGAAGAUAUCGGGACGAUCAACAACCUGAUAAAGUGGUUGAUUGAUCACCACGAAAAGAUAUUUUCAUGA